ACUUGUAAACCAAUUCAACACAUUGAAUUGGAAGCCUUUGCUUUAACCAAAAGAAAGGCUUUCCUCACUCAGCACUCACUUGAAAUUAUUUUGUAAACAACUCCCACACAACAUGGAGACUGUUCUUUCCAAUCACUCUCCACCUUCGGUCUUCAAGGGUGUGAGCAAGGAAGAAGAAGAAUCAUUGCUUGGACAAAUUGAAAUAUGGAAAUACAUGACACAAUUCACAGACUCUUUUGCUCUAAAAGCAGUUGUGGAGCUACGUAUAGCUGAUAUUAUAGACCGUCAGUGUAAACCGCUAUCCUUGACUGAAAUUGUGCAGAAUCUUGAAGAUGCACCCUCUCCUGAUUCCACGCUCCUUUUAAGAGUAAUGAGAGUGAUGGUUCGUAGAAAGAUUUUCAGCGCAGAAAAAUCAGAAACCGGCGAAAUUCUCUACGGCUUGACACGUGCAUCGAAAUGGAUUCUACAAGACACAAAAGUAACAUUGGCACCAUUGGUAUUGCUAGAGACUCACCCAAUUCAUAUGAACCCUUUUAACUUUAUGAGUGAUAUUGUAAAAGAAGGCACAAAAAAUGGCACUGCUUUCUUUAGGUGUCAUGGUUAUGACCAAUUUGAAAUGGCUAGUGUGGACCCAAAAUUCAAUGAGUUGUUUAACAAAGGACAAGCUUGCACAACUGGAUUUGUGUUUAGAGCUGUUAUUGCUGGAUACAAAGAUGGAUUUAACCAAAUUCAAACAUUGGUUGAUGUUGGUGGCGGUAUCGGAGGAUCGAUGUCUGAGAUUGUUAAAGCUUACCCUCAUAUCCAAGGUAUUAAUUUUGAUUUGCCUCAUGUUGUUUCAACAGCACCCAAGUAUGAUGGCAUCACCCAUGUUGGAGGAGACAUGUUUGUUUCUAUUCCUAGUGCUGAUGCUAUUUACAUCAAGUGGAUUCUUCAUGACUGGAGUGACGACCAUUGCGUAAAGAUAUUGAAGAACUGUAGGAAGGCAAUACCGGAGAAAACUGGAAAGGUGAUAAUAUUGGAUCAUGUAUUGGACCCAGAAGGAGAUGAACCAUUUACUGAUAUUGGCAUAGCAUUUGACAUGAUAUUGUUUGCACACAACUCUGGUGGUAAGGAAAGGACUGAAGAGAACUGGAAAUACUUAUUCAAAGAGACGGGAUUCCCUCGUUACAACAUCAUCAAAAUCAAUGCUUUGCUAUCCAUCAUUGAAGCAUUUCCAAUCUAAAUUCAUAAAUCAUAAUGAGUUUGUUGGUUUUAUGAUGAUGAUGGUGAUGAUUUCGUAUGUGUUGUGUUGUGUGGCUUUACUUGGAGUUUUGUUUUGUUAGCUAUGGCAAACACUCCAUUUUGUAUCAUAAUUUGAAUAAAAAUGUUGCUCACGCUCUGGAGCUGGUAUGAUUCAUGCAUGGGACAUGCUUUUGGUUCCAUAUGCAGAUUGUUGUGAAUGUUGAGAAUCCAUUGUUGACUUGUUAGUGUGUUUCAAGAAUUAUAAUUGUUGUGCAACA